CCCCCAGGGUCGGUGGCCACCGGGGAGGACCCCACGAGCGUGGCCAUCGCCAGCAUCCAAUCGGCCGCCACCUUCCCCGACCCCGGCGUCAAGUAUGUGUUCAGGACCGAGGGCGGGGGCACGCAGGUGAUGUACCGGGUGAUCCAGGUGGCUGACGGGCAGCUGGACGCGCAGACCGAGGGCACCAGCGCCAUCAGCGGGUACCCAGCGGCUCAGUCCAUGACACAGGCCGUGAUCCAGGGCGCCUUCACGAGCGAGGAGGGGGUGGAGACGGAGGCCACGCCCACCGAGACCCACUACACCUACUUCCCUGCGGGCGUGGCCGACGGGGGCUCGGGGGGCACCGCGGCCACCGCGGCCACCGCCGUGGUCACCACCCAGAGCUCCGAGGGGCUGCUGGGGCAGCCCACGCCCACAGGGCAGUUUUUUGUGAUGAUGUCACCACAGGAAGUGCUCCCGGGGGGAGCCCAACGUUCCAUCGCCCCCCGUGCCCACCCCUACUCCCCGAAAUCGGAGGCUCCAAGAGCCACCCGGGAUGAGAAACGUCGGGCACAGCACAAUGAAGUGGAGCGCCGGCGCCGGGACAAGAUCAACAACUGGAUCGUCCAACUCUCCAAGAUCAUUCCCGACUGUUCCAUGGAAAAUACCAAAUCCGGGCAGAGCAAGGGCGGGAUCCUGUCCAAGGCCUGCGACUACAUCCAGGAGCUGCGGCAGAGCAACCUCCGGCUCUCCGAGGAGCUGCAGGGCCUGGACCAGCUGCAGCUCGACAACGAGGUGCUGCGGCAGCAGGUGGAGGACCUGAAGAACAAGAACCUGCUGCUACGGGCUCAGCUGCGCCAGCACGGACUGGAGAUCGUCAUCAAGAACGACUCCCACUGACGAGGGGGGGACCCCA